ACCACCGUUCACUCGCUUCUUCUUCUCCUUCCUCAUUUGAUGAUCCAAAGAGACCGGCCGCUUCUUGGUUCCCACCCAAACACAGCGCGCUCUCUCGCCCUUCACCUCUCCUCCCUCUCCCUCCCAGGGAGGGAGGAACACAGAGGCAAGAAGUGGCGCAGAGUAGACGCCUGUGAAACAUUACCCUCCAGUUGCUGCUGUUGCGCCAAAUAAUUGAGCAGGAUGGAGAGGAAGGCCACAAUCCUCAUGAACCGGUACGAGCUCGGCCGCAUGCUCGGGCAAGGCACCUUCGCUAAGGUGUACCAUGCACGCAACCUUGCGUCCAACCAGAGUGUCGCCAUCAAGGUCAUCGACAAGGAGAAGGUGUUGCGUGUCGGCAUGAUUGAGCAGAUCAAGCGGGAGAUCUCCAUUAUGCGCCUUGUUCGCCACCCCAACGUCGUCCAGCUGCAUGAGGUCAUGGCCAGCAAGAGCAAGAUAUACUUUGCCAUGGAGUACGUCCGGGGCGGCGAACUCUUUGGCAGGGUAGCCAGGGGCCGGCUCAAGGAAGAUGCUGCAAGGAAGUAUUUUCAGCAGUUGAUAGGGGCUGUGGACUUCUGCCACAGCCGUGGUGUCUAUCACCGCGACCUCAAGCCGGAGAACCUUCUCGUGGAUGAGCAUGGAAAUCUCAAGGUGUCUGACUUUGGGCUGAGUGCCCUCAAGGAGUGUCAGAAGCAAGACGGGCUGCUGCACACGACAUGCGGCACACCUGCAUAUGUUGCACCAGAGAUAAUCAACAAGAAGGGCUAUGACGGAGAAAAGGCAGACAUAUGGUCUUGUGGUGUCAUACUCUUUGUUCUGCUCGCCGGCUACCUCCCGUUCCAAGACUCAAAUUUGAUGGAGAUGUACCGAAAGAUCAGCAGAGGAGAUGUCAGGUAUCCACAGUGGUUCACUUCUGAUGCCCGCAAGCUUCUACCCAGGCUGCUCGAUCCAAAUCCAAACACAAGGAUCACCAUGGACAAGCUGAUUGAGCACCCCUGGUUCAAGAAAGGGUACAAACCAGCAGUGAUGCUGGGAACGCCACGUAGCUCGAACAGCCUCAAUGAUGUCCAGGCUGCUUUCAGCACUGACCACAAGGAGGCAGAAGAACCAGAUAGCCCUUUGAAGCCAGUGAGCUUGAAUGCGUUUGACAUCAUCUCCCUCUCCAAAGGAUUUGAUCUUUCAGGCUUAUUUGAGCAGAAUCAAGAGCAGAAGGCGAGCUCGCGGUUCAUGACCCAUAAACCAGCAUCAGCAAUAGUGUCAAAGCUGGAGCAGAUAGCAGAGACAGAGAGCUUCAAGGUGAAGAAGCAUGACGGACUGGUGAAGCUGCAGGGAUCCAAAGAAGGGAGGAAGGGGCAGCUUGCGAUCGAUGCGGAGAUCUUCGAAGUGACGCCAUCCUGCUAUGUUGUUGAGGUGAAGAAGUCGGCAGGGGACACACUGGAGUACGAAAGGUUCUGCAAAAAGGACCUGAGACCUUCACUCAAGGACAUCUGCUGGAGCACGCAGGCAGAGGAAAAAAAUCCAUCACUACCACCUCUAACUCCGUCCUCUAAGUCGAUCACAAGAAAUGCCAUUUAAGUGCAACCUCAUUGGAGAUGCAAUUACAA